AUGACGAAAGUACCCCGCGAGCUGAAGAGUCUUGCGUUAUAUCUCUCUCGGACUUGUGUGUUUGGCAAAGUUCGUCUUCUCUGCAGCUUCUCCUCUUUAGAGAAAUUAGGGUUCCGUCGCAAAUCACGAUCAGAUCUCAUCUUCGCCGAUUUCUCUGGGUUUACUCGAACUUCGCUCAAUUACAAUUUCGCAAAUAUGUUGUUCGCUAGUAGCUAUUGUUUGGAUCAGCUUCAUGGAUACAAGUCUUAA